AUGGCCAAGCUAUUCGAGAGGAACCCGCGCAACGUGCGCAUCGCGUCGUGGGUGAUGGCGGCCGGCCUGUUCGCCGCCUGGUACAAGUACGACCAGUGGAAGGACCGCCAGUUUUCGCAGCAGGACGCCAGCCAGUGGAACGAGGCCAUCCUGCGCAUGCACCCGCAGAAGCCCAGCAAGUCCAAGACGAAGGGCGACGAGGAAUAA